AUGGACUUUUCCAUCGCAUGCGCGCUUUACUUUGCCGCCCGAGGCCAAGGGUCAGUCAGAUCAGAGAGUCCAGAUCUGGACUCUGAGCCCUCACCUGUUUCGUACACAUCGCCCGCGCGCGUCCUGCUUUCUGGCUUCGGCGCUGAUGAGCUAUUUGGUGGUUACUCGCGCCAUGCUGCUGCUUUCCAGCAGGACAGAUACACAGGGCUUGUGAAAGAGCUCCUGCGGGACGUAAGCCGCCUGGCCGAGAGAAAUCUCGGGAGAGAUGAUAGAGUCAUGGCCCAUUGGGGCAAGGAGGUAAGAUUUCCGUUUCUGGACGAACGUCUGGUCAAGUGGGCCAUCGCAACGCCUGCGUGGCAGAAGUGUGAUUUUGAAAGGGAGGAAGAGAAGAGCGGUGUUGAAGCUGCAAAGAGAGUCCUGCGUCUUCUGGCGAUGGAGUUGGGCAUGGAGGGUGUUGCGAAGGAGAAGAAGCGAGCUAUUCAGUUCGGCUCGAGGACAGCCAAGAUGGAGAGCGGCCGUGACAAAGGGACAGCACUCUUGUCCUAG